UUGCAAUUUUGCCAACCUUUUUACAGUGGCAGUAUGAAUAAUCACGUAACGUUACAAACCAUACUUCCCCCACCGGACAAGAACCUCUUCACCUACCGACCGACCGACCAACAUAGUACAACGUUACACUUUUCCACUUCACUGCUUCUGUGCUUCCAAAUUCCAAUCCUGCCCACUACCCCAUUUCCAUUUUCUUUCUUCUCUUUACUUUUUCUCACCUCCAUUGUUAUCUUCUUGCCACUGUUUGGGGUUUAUUUGUAAUGGAUCCGCAGAACGGCGAGGUUGUGUUUGGGGCAUCUGUUCCCGGAGAGACCCAUGGAGCAAGACUUGAUUCGGGUCCGGAGAUGGGAGCCACCGGAGACCCGAAUUCGGAGGUUUCUAGGGCGGAGAUCGACACUUCGGUUCCGUUUGAGUCGGUGAAAGAGGCGGCCUCUCGGUUCGGUGGCAUAGGUUUCUGGAGGCCCACCGCCCACAACCCGUCCGGCCGUGAUUCCCAGGUUGACAUAGCAAAAGUGGAGGAGCAAGCUAAGCAGUUGGAAAGGGAUUUGGUUGUUAAAGAAAGGGAAACGCUUGCUGUCCUAAAAGAACUCGAAAGCGCCAAGACUACCAUGGAAGAACUGAAAGUAAAGCUGCAGAAGGCAUCUGAGCUCGGUGCUUCACUCGAUGUUGAUUCGAAGGAAAGAAACAGUGAUCUUGUGGGAAUUAGUGAUGGGUGUGGUUUGAAUGUGUGUCCAUCGUCGGCCCCUGGUCUCAUAUUGUUGGAGUUGAAACGAGCGAAAUUUAAUUUAAGCAAGACUACGCGUGAUCUUGUGGACAUUCGAGCCACGGUUGGAUCAUACAACGCGAAAAUAGAGAAAGAGAGGAUCUUGCUCGAGAAGACCAAGAAAAGGCUAGCUUCGAAUUUCAUCGAGGUCUCGUCUCUUGAGGAAGAGUUGAAUCAAACGAAGCGAAAUCUGGAGCUGGUGCAAGGUUCUCGUGAGCCCCUGGAUGUCACGAGGGAGCUUCAGAGGCUGUGUUCGGAGACACAACAGUUUAAAAAGGUGGGCGAAGCUACAAAAUCAGAGGUUCUAUUAGCUAUGUUCGAGAUUGAACAGACGAAGGCUAGGAUCAAGACUGCAGAGAUCAAGCUGAUUGCAGCUAAAAAGAUGAAAGAAGCCGCUAGGGCCACCGAGUCUGUUGCUCUUGCAGAGAUCAAAGCCCUCUCGAACAGCGAGAACUUGUUUACAACUUCUCAAAGAAAACCCGAGGAUGGAAUAGCCCUUACCUUGGAGGAAUACUCCGCAUUGACCUCCAGAGCUCGAGAUGCAGAUGAGGCUUGUAAGAGAGCCAUUGGCGCAAUGCUUCUAGUUGAUGAAGCCAAUGUUGCUAAAACAGAAAUCUUGAAGAAGGUCAAGGAAGCCACAGAAGAAGUUAAACUAAGCAAGGCGGGUUUAGAAGAAGCGCUGAGCAGAGUCGAGGCUGCCAAUCAAGGUAAACUGGAAGUGGAAGAAGCCAUGCGCAAAUGGAGAUCUGAUCAUUGCCAAAGAAAACAUACUGUCCAGAACUCAACCAAGUUCAAGAAUUCCAAGUCACUUCAGCACAGGAAAGAUCCUUCCCUUCUUGAUGUGAACGGUCUCACUCUCGUUAGUAACGAUGCACCACCAGCUAAGUCGACGAUAUCAAUAGGGCAAAUAUUGAGUAGGAAACUGUUUAUAACCGAAGAAUUUGAGAAUGGAAAACGCGUAGAAAAGGGCAAUGGAAAGCGGAAAGUUUCACUUUCACUUGGCCAAAUGUUUGGUAAGCUAAACAGCAUGCCUGGUUUGAAAGACGAGAAAGAGAAUGCACAUGAAGUUCUUCCCUCUAAGAGAAAGAAGUUUAGCUUCUCCAGAAUCUCACUUCUUGUGACAAAACAAGCCAAGAAGAAGAAGACCUCAAAGUUUAAUGUUUCAAGACAUUAGAGUACUAAAGGCAUUUGUAACUUUGCCAUCUUCUAGUGCGUACAUUGCAUGCAUAUUAAAGACUUAAUUUUGCUCAAUUGACAUUUAGCAAUUCUUAACGUAAAAUCAACUAAUUCUAA